CUUGAAGACAAGCAGUGUUUUUUUUUCUAACCAACAACCUUAACAUCAUGAAUGACAAUUCAGAAUCCACACAAAACCCCACACAUCUGCCCAGCACACUCUCCUGUGCAGGUUGUGUUUGGCCAUUGUGCUGCUUGGCGUGACAGUGUGGCAUUAUUCUAGGCUUUGUGUGGGUCUGUAUUGUUCUCCUGUGGGCUGCUUUGUUGAAUGAGGGGGUAUAGUGGUGAUGCUGCAGGCCAUUGCUUUAUGCUGACUCUGACCUGUGGGAAUGGCAGGGAGCGAUAUGGCCCUAUGACUAGGCCACAGACAGAGAGAGGAGGAGAAGGAGAGAGGAACAGCAUCAGCAACGCGCAUCCCAAGAGAGCAUCGAUUUGGAAAUGGUCUAAAAUACUACUGGAUUAAAGACUCAUGUGUUCAAGUCCAAGUGUAGUCAUGCAGGAGAACCCAGGCUCUAUAGGUGUAGAUGGAGGAUACGCCAGCAAUGUACCUGCUUUCCUCACUAAACUCUGGACUCUUGUGGAGGACCCAGAGACCAAUCAUCUGAUUUGCUGGAGUACUAUGGGCACCAGCUUCCAUGUUUUUGACCAGGGCAGGUUUGCCAAAGAGGUUCUGCCCAAAUACUUCAAACACAAUAACAUGGCAAGCUUUGUACGCCAGCUCAACAUGUACGGCUUCAGGAAGGUGGUGAAUAUUGAGCAGAGUGGGCUGGUGAAGCCCGAGCGAGAUGACACCGAGUUCCAGCACCUCUAUUUCCUCCAGGGUCACGAGCAUCUGCUUGAACACAUUAAGCGCAAGGUGUCAAUAGUGAAGAGUGAGGAGACCAAAGUGCGGCAGGAGGACUUGAGUAAGUUGUUGUAUGAGGUGCAGGUGCUACGCAGCCAACAAGAGAACAUGGAGAUGCAGAUGCAGGAUAUGAAACAGCAAAAUGACGUUCUGUGGAGGGAGGUGGUGUCACUGAGGCAGAAUCACACACAACAGCAGAAAGUCAUGAACAAGCUGAUUCAGUUCCUGUUUAGCCAGAUGCAGUCCAACACUCCAAGCACUGUGGGAAUGAAGAGAAAGCUUCCUCUCAUGCUGGAUGAUGCCCGUUCCACCCCUCCUGCCUCAAAAUUCAGCCAUAGCCACUCCGAGUCCUUGCAAGAAUCGUUCUAUAUCCAGUCGCCAUCCACAGAAAGUGCAUCCUGCUCCACUAGCAAUGUGAUGACAGGAGGGCCAAUAAUCUCUGAUGUCACUGAAAUCUCACAGUCCAGCACCAUGGCUUUACAAAUGCAGGCAGAGGAAUCUAGAGAAAAGUGUCUGAUGCUGAUUAAGGACGAGCCAGUGAGCCCUGUGGUGCAGGGACGAGGAGAGGGUGUACCACUCGGCUCCUGUGAGGUGUGUACUGAACCCCCCGUCCUCCCUGUUGCCAUGGUACAGUCCGUCCUAGAGGGCCGAGGAUCUAAUUUGGGAGAGAGAAGGGCCAAAAGACCCAUGCUGGAGAGAUCAGAGAUUCCUGAUGGUGUGGAGAAUGUUGACAUGAGCCUGGAGGAUUUACAGCUGCUUCUGAGGAGUCACCAGCAGAGCAUGGAAACCAGUGCUGCAGCAAUGGAUCCCUUCACAUUUAGUCUGUCUUUGAACGAGUGGAACUUCACAGAAAUGGACCCAACCCUGAAAUCAGAGCUGGCUAAUGCCCUCAUCCCUGCUGCUGUGUCCCAGUACAUGUUUCAGGGUCAGGAGGGGGAGACGUACCCCACCUCUGGCUGUGAGGAGCAGUGAAGCCCUAAUAUGACAGCCAGCACAGAUCCCUCCUGAGAGCAAGCAGAGUGAUCCAUUUGAAAGUAUGCCACUUGGAUUGAACAUUAUCCCAACAUCAGAAGAGAAGGCUCAAAUUUAUCUGACUAGCAGAUGUGGAGGUUAUAAACAGUAUCAAGUAAACAUGCUGACCCGCCCUUUGUGAAGAAGAUUCACUUAGUUGGCCAUUGGUGGAAGGUGCAUUUUUACAAAAACACUGGGAGCAAUUUGACUCUUUGGAGAUGGAAUAUUUACAGUAAUCCUUUCUCAAAGCCUAUAAGGAGUUCAGGCUACAUCAAGAUCAUUUUGAAGAUAUUUUUCUCAUUAUAUAAUGCAUCCUAAGGAAACUUCUAUAGCCAAGGAAAAGGCAAUAUUAAGCAUUUCCCUCCCGAACGACUACAAUGCAGGUGAACUGUAUGCAAUAUGACGUAAAUCACUGUGGCCCGAGUUUGAAUGCACUUUAGUCUGUGUGUUGGAGUUCCUGCUUUGUGGAGCUGUGAUUUCAUUUUCCCUAAAAUGUAACUGUAAAAAAUUAAUAUAUUUAGUUCAAAUUGAUAUCAUAAUGAAGCACACAAACUUGUAUUUCAAUAUAUAUUUGAAGACAUAUAAAAAGUACUGGUUUAACCAUAUUAUGUAUGUAUUAAUGUGAGAGGUCUAGGGGUUAAAAAUCAGACCUCGCAGAAAGAAAACUGAAAACGAUGCACUGAUUUUUGCACAAUUUACUGUCUUUUUCUCAAUCAUAUUUUAGUAUCUGAAAUAUAUUAUUAAGACAUCAAGUAUCUUUGUUUCAAUUUAUCCUUUAGUUGAUAGA